AUGAAAGCCGACGCCUCUGGUGAUGUCCCAGUACCAACAGCUAAGCAGUUAAGACAGCUCGAGAAACGGGAACGUCGAAAGAAGUAUGCCGAUUUGGCCAUUCAAGGAACUAAUAACUCGUCGAUCACCUCAAAGAGGUCGGUGGAAAAACUGUAUUUGACCAAACUUGGUACCAAUAGGAACGUUGAUCCCUCCAAAGAGGAUAUAGAGUACUUCAAAUAUUUUGUCAGCAAACCUUUUCGACGUUCGCCUUGCAUCAAUAGAGGAUACUGGCUUCGAAUCCAUGCGAUAAAGUCUCGAAUAGACUGUAUAUUGGCGCAGACCAGGGGAGCUGUUUGCAUAGUGAACCUUGGGUGUGGUUACGAUCCGCUGCCCUUUCAGCUGCUAGACCCUGAAAAUGUUGACAAUGUCAGACACGGUGGAAGGCUCAGCUUCAUCGAUCUCGACUACAACGACCUGAUUCAUAAUAAAAUCGGCAUAAUCUGUCGCGCGACGGAACUUGUCAAGAUUGUCGGACAAUACAAGGGAGCUGAGGGUGCUUUGCAUCAUUUCGAAGCGGGUAAAUACAUGAUGGCCUCGUGCGAUAUGAAUGACCAAAUAGCAUUUAAAAGCGUUCUGAAAAGAGCGGAUUUGGAUCAUCCUGAAAUUGUCAAAAUAUUUAUCGCAGAGGUAUCUCUUGCCUAUAUGGAGGGGCGGAAAGCAGAUGAAAUCGUAUCCUCUUGCUCAGCUUUCCCUAAUUCCCAUUUUUUGAUGCUCGAACAGCUCUUGCCAGCGGGGCCCCACGAGGCUUUCUCAAGACAAAUGUUGAGACAUUUUAUCAAAAAUGAUUCUCCUCUGCAGACUGUCACUACGUAUCCUACUCUUGCGGCUCAGAAAGAGCGUUUUGAAACCUUAGGAUUCCCUACGGUGAAUCAUGGGAGUAUGUUUGACCUUUGGAACACAGUUGACGAAAACGUCAGGCGUCAAAUCGAAGAUGUCGAGGUUUUCGAUGAGCUUGAGGAAUUUCUCUUGUUCUGUCAUCAUUACAUGAUAUGCCAUGGAACAAAUUCCGCGAUUAAUAUUUUUCCGAAAUUACUGAAGCCGUCUUUUGGAGUUUUUUCAGAGGUUUUGAAGCUACGUAUGAACUUUUUAAGUUCUCCGAGUUCCGCAGAAGGUUUUUGGCGCAGAAAAUUUGGUGCCUCUGCAGUUGUGGGCAAUAAGAUGAUUUACGCGGCGGGCUGUUCGAACGCUCGCCGCAAUGAUAUUUCAUCCUACUCAUUUCUCUCUAGAAGCUGGACAGAUGUCACGCCUGAAGCGAAAUUGGCUCCUCGGAUGUGCCACACUCUGACAGCUUUAAGCGAACGCUUGGCUGUUAUGAUUGGUGGAAGAGGUGGGCCGUCCAAGCCUUGUAGUGAGGUGUGGCUGCUUAAAGAGGAUGAAAAUGAUGGAUGGCAUUGGAUCAAACGUAAGGAUCUACCGGAAGAAAGAUUCCGCCAUGAGGCUUGCGCGCUGAAUGCUCAUCAGAUGCUGAUUUAUGGAGGGGUCACUGAGGGACCAGUUGCAUUAAUUUAUGAUUUAAACGAUGAUAUGUUUUAUGACACAAAAAUUGAUGAUAUUUUACCAAAGUUAAUUUCUCCAGGUUUUGCAUAUGAUCCCGUCCAACAAGUCGGCGCUAUUGUGGGCGGCCAGCGAUCAAAUGGUGAAAUCUCUGAUGAACUUAUCGUUUUCGAAUGUAACCCCGCUAGAAAACAAGUCUUUGUUAAAGCGACUUUCAAAAACUCUUACUUUAGCAGAUUCGGCUCGAAAGCGCUGUUUGUUUCCUCCCAAAAAGUACUCAUCGGCGGUGGAGUAAGUCCAUGGGUUUUAUUUGAUCACCUCACCACGUUCAUUGAAGUGAACAUUGCAACGGGCUCUGUUGCUUUAGUCGAAAUUCCCCCUCUGAUUUGGAAGGAUGAUGCACCCAUGCUAGUUGGAUUUGAAAUGCAAAAAGACCCCACCGGACGAGUGUUAGUUUUUGGAGGAGGCGCUGUAUGCUAUGGCUUCGGAGCAGUAUGGAAUAGGGCUUUGAGUCUGGAUAUUACAUAA